UCACUGCUGGGUUGGUUGCUUAGUCCUCAGUGCGUCUAGGCUGGUUUGGUUGAAGAUGGCUCUGAAAGUGCAACAUUUCCUGCUGGCCCUGCUUCUCGGAGCUAAUGCGAUCACCAGCAUUUAUGCUCAAGAGACGGGGGUGUCCGAGGCGUGGACCAGCAGAGCUUGCAAAUGUGACUGUGAAGGAGAAUCCCCGACUGAGUUCUCCUCCAUCGGGUCUCCAGGUCCUAUGGUGCGUGGAGUGGAUUGCAUGCCAGAGUGUCCAUACCACAAGCCUCUGGGUUUUGAGGCCGGAUCAGUGAAUCCAGACCAGAUUACCUGCUCCAACCAGGACCAGUACACCGGCUGGUUCUCCUCCUGGCUCCCGAGCAAGGCCCGACUCAACAGUCAGGGAUUUGGGUGUGCCUGGUUGUCUAAGUUUCAGGACAAUAACCAGUGGCUGCAGAUCGACCUGAAGGAGGUGAAAGUGGUGUCUGGGAUCCUCACCCAGGGUCGCUGCGACACUGAUGAGUGGAUCACCAAGUACAGCGUCCAGUACCGCACCGAUGAGAAACUGAACUGGAUCUAUUACAAAGACCAAACUGGAAACAACAGGGUGUUUUAUGGAAACUCUGACCGGACCUCGUCUGUCCAGAACCUCCUGCGGCCCCCCAUCGUAGCCCGUUACAUCCGCAUCCUCCCCCUCGGUUGGCACACACGCAUCGCUCUGCGCCUGGAGCUGCUGCUCUGCAUGAACAAAUGCAUGUGAACGCCUCCUCCUGCCGUCCCCGAGGCCUUUUCCUGAAACCAUACCUGAACCUCAUCGUUAGUGUGUGUGGUCACGUGGCUCAUGUAAACAGGCACGAUUCAAAGGCGUUAUAUGUAGUAUUGUCAUUCGAAACUAUACAGUGAGGGGCAGUCACACACCAAAACACACUCAGCUAUGAAAACCAGCACGUGUCUGUAUCACUCAAAGUAAAAAAACACAUUAUUUGUACACAUUUGUAUUAUGGUACCAUCAAGUUUUCUUCUUCAAACUGAAACUCAGACAAAAUAACACACUGUCUUAUUAUUUUCAUGUGCUGCAUCAGCUGAUAGUUUACAUUAUAGCUGUGUUAAAACAAAUCAAAUCUGUUUUCUAUUUGGUUUGUGUUGUCAAUAACUGCACUAAAGAUGUUUGGAAUCACCCAAACAUUUCAGAAGUGUCACAGUUUAGACGUGGAUCCAGAAAUGGCAAACUUAGCAAAGAUAACAACAUCAUGUAGUAUUUUAUAUCUCAUUUAAUUUAGAGCUGUGGUUAAAGUUUUGUCACUUUCUUUGACUCUGAAACAUGUUUCUUACAUAUUGUAAUCCUCCACUCAGCCUUUGUGUUAGCUUUUAUCGCCAUGGGAGUCCAGUACAGUGACACAUUUAUUCACAGUGACACGUUGGUUCAUGGCUGUGAAUAAAAUCAGUUCAUAUUUGUGUUACAAUACACUGACAUAAAUUCAGAGCUUUCUUUUUUUAUAUUUUCACAUUAUUUUUGAUCAUCUUAAAGUACAAAUACUACAUAUAGCUCCUUUAAAGCAAAAAUGUUCUGUUAAAUACCUCUUUUAAACAAUUAAAUUCAUGGUUUAAUUGAUAUUGGUUCGUUUGAUGUACUCAGUGGUAGACUAGCAUGAAUAGAUUGUUCCAUUGGAAAUGAAAUGGCAUAAAUUCAAAGCAUUAAUUUGGGAUGGAGAGAAGAGGCAGCGUUGCUAUGGAGGUUGCACCACAGACUAAAACAAGCUCCUCCAAAAAAAAAAAAAAAA